GCGGGGCGCACGGCCAUGCAGCGCGGCGGCGGCGGCGGCGGCGGCGGCCCGGGGGGCAGCGGCGCGGGGGGCCCGGGCGCCGCCUUCUCCAUCGACUCCCUGAUCGGGCCGCCGCCGCCGCGCGCCGGCCACUUGCUCUACACCGGCUACCCCAUGUUCAUGCCCUACCGGCCCCUCGUGCUGCCGCAGGCGCUGGCGCCCGCGCCGCUGCCCGCCGGCCUCCCGCCGCUCGCCCCGCUCGCCUCCUUCGCCGGCCGCCUCACCAACACCUUCUGCGCCGGCCUGGGCCAGGCCGUGCCCUCCAUGGUGGCGCUGACCACCGCGCUGCCCAGCUUCGCCGAGCCGCCCGACGCCUUCUACGGGCCGCCCGAGCUGGCCGCCGCCGCCGCCGCCGCCGCCGCCGCCGCCGCGUCCCGGAGCGGCGCGGAGCCGGGCGGCCGCCGCCCCGAGGGCGCGCUGGACGCCGACGAGCUGCUGCCCGCCCGCGAGAAAGUGGCCGAGCCGCCGCCUCCACCGCCGCCGCCGCCGCCGCCGCCGCCGCCGCCGCCGCCGCACUUCGAGACUUUCCCAAGUCUGCCGGCGGAGGGCAAGAUGUACAGCUCGGACGAGGAGAAGCCGGAGGCGCCCGCGGGAGACCCCAGCAGCGAGCCCGAGGAGGGGUCCGGCGAGAGCGAGGACGACGGGGCUUUCCUGGACGGUUCCGCCGGGGCCCCGGGGGCGCCUCUGCUGGGCCCCAAGCCCAAGCUGAAGGGAGGCCUGGGGCCCGGCGCCGAGGAGGGGCCCGCGGGGGCCGCGGGGGUGCCGGCGCCGGGGGGCAAGAGCCGGCGGCGCCGCACGGCCUUCACCAGCGAGCAGCUGCUGGAGCUGGAGAAGGAGUUCCACUGCAAGAAGUACCUGAGCCUGACCGAGCGCUCGCAGAUCGCACACGCCCUCAAGCUCAGCGAGGUGCAGGUCAAGAUCUGGUUCCAGAACCGCCGCGCCAAGUGGAAGCGCAUCAAGGCGGGCAACGUGAGCAGCCGCUCGGGGGAGCCCGUGCGGAACCCCAAGAUCGUCGUGCCCAUCCCCGUGCACGUCAACAGGUUCGCGGUGCGCAGCCAGCACCAGCAGCUGGAGCAGGGCGCCCGGCCCUGAGGCCCGACGGGGGCGGCCCCCCCCACCGGGAAAGGACGCAGCUCCCGGGGACUCGGGGCGUCAGGCCGGGGGGCCCAGGGUCCUGCCGCCAGAGGAGCUGGAGGGACAGGGACCUGGGGGGCUUCCUGGGGUCGUGCUGGCCUCAGCGCCGUAUUUAUUUGAUGUAAAGUUUGUACAUACGGACUUUCUGCCUCUGAUCUGUCCGUCCCAGGGGGGAAGGAGAGCCCGGUCCUCCCUGGCCGUGGCGGGGGCGCGAGGGCACGGCCUGCACCGUCUCCUCCCACCCCUGCCCGGUGAGGGCAGGGCAGACACGCCAGGUAGGUCCACCUGUCUGGCUCGAGGCUGGACACUGACGCGACCAGUCCCUGGUAGGCCCCCGGGAAAGGGCGCCGUCCCCCCGAGCCCCAGGGCAGGAGCGGGGGUGGGAUGGCCCUCCUCUAGGCCCUCCGCUAGGGAGCCUUGGGGAGCCCCGAGUCUGUGUGGGCCCAGAGGGCGUUCGGGCAGCCGCGAGGGGCAGGCCAGAGGCUGCAGUCGGCACUCGGAGAGCAGGAGGGGCCGGGCUAAGGGCAGAGCCGGGCAGAAGGCAGCGGGCAGUGGCCCAGCAGACACGGGCCCCGGGGCAGGCCCAGCUCCCGCCCGCCUCUGUCUGUCCCUCCCAGGGACGCCCCUGGGCGACACUCGGCCUUGCUGGGGCGUCCCCGGGGCCCAGCCGCAGGCAGUCUGGGCCACUGAGCAGAAGGUGACCUGAGCCCUGACUGGGGUCUCUGUCCCCAGCUGGGGCAUGUGAGCAGCUUGGGGGCCAGCGGGGGGUGGGGGUGUCUCUGUCCUUAGGCUGGAUUCCAGCAAGGCUUCCAGGCCGAAGCAGGUUGCCCGGCCCAGCCCCCCGCCCGGGGGAGCCCCCGGCGUGCAGGGCAGCUCCAGAGCAGGGCGAGCAGAGGGCAGGAGGGCCAUUCCACUGUCCUUGGACUCCAGCGGGCCCCAGACGGCUCAGGGCGCCCCACUCAGCUCCCCCCUGCAGGGCCUGGAGCGACUUGUGCCGGACCUCACGCCCUGCCCUGCCCUAGAGAGAAGGCCUCAGCCUUGCAAGGGGCUGCCGCGAACCAAAAACGAAAUAAAGCCCGCUCUCCCCUCUGCAGAGUUCCUUGCUUAUUCACCACGCGUGGCGGGUGCCCCAGUGCCAGGCUCUGGGUGUGGGUGCUCCUUGCCAGAGCCGGCACGCAAAGGCCUCGGUGCUGCCGGGCCGGCCCGAGACUUGGUCCUGUUCGUCCCCGAAGUG